UUCUUCUUCUUAAUGUUUUUGUCAAUUAGAAUCUUGAAUAUAUUGUGUGUGUUUGGUUAGGCGUUCCAAAGAUUAUUAAAAUCUGCGACGAUGUCUGGUAAUGGAGCUGAUUCCUCGGUCUCUUCAUCUUUUGUUAGACUGCCACUGAUGGGUGGUAACGGAGGAAGCGCAUGGGAUGAUGGAGUCCACGACCGAUUAAGCAAAGUGUAUGUCGGAAAGGGUAAAUCUUGUGUCGUUUAUAUCGAGUUUGUCUACGACAAGAACGGCAAAGCCACAGCACAUGGGCAUGGGCAUAAACCAGACGAACUUGAAGAGUUUGUGCUUGCUACAAAUGAAUACAUCACAUCAGUAGAGGGAUCCAUCAGCUACGUCGAUCAAUAUGGUCGUAGUCUCGUUACGUCCCUUGCCUUCAAAACAUCGACGGGAAAAACCUCGAAAGCAUUUGGCUAUGUGUCUGAUAACAAAUUCGUGGUCGAGAACAAUGGUCGGGAGCUUGUUGGGUUCCAUGGAAGGUCAGGUGAAGCUCUUGAUGCUAUUGGUGCUUAUUCCUCGACCUUGUCUCCCUCAACUAAAUUGUCAGCCCAAGGAGGACCUGGAGGGGACACGUGGGAUCAUGGAGUUCACGGGACUUUAAGAAAAAUUUAUGUCGGAAAUGGUAAUUCUUGUGUUGGUUACAUCAAGUUUGUAUAUGACAUAGGCGGCAAAGAGGAGAUACAAGAACGUGGGAUUAAAACAAAUGAACCGAAAAUGUUUGCGCUUGAUGCUUACGAAUACAUUACAUCAGUGGAAGGAACCGUCAGCCACAUUGCCCAAUACGGCAAUCGCCUCGUUACUUCGCUUACAUUCAAAACAUCAAAGGAUAGAACCUCCCCGACAUUUGGAUUUGCAACUGGCCAGAGAUUUGUACUCGAGGACAAGGGUCGUGUUGUUGUCGGGUUCCAUGGGAGAUCCGGCGAUGCAAUCGAUGCUCUAGGAGCUUAUUUCUCGAUCUCGCCCUCCCCCACUAAGCUGCAAGCCAUAGGCGGUUAUGGAGGAGAUCCAUGGGAUCAUGGGGCUUAUAACACCCUAAGAAAGGUGUAUGUCGGAAAUGGAAACUCUUGCGUAGGUUACAUCGGGUUUGUCUUUGAAAAUAGUGGAAAACAAGAAAUACGUGAGCAUGGGAUUAAACCAAAAGAACUGAAAGAGUUUGUGCUUGAUCCUUACGAAUACAUUACAUCAGUGGAAGGAACCGUCAGCCACAUUGCCCAAUACGGCAAUCGCCUCGUUACUUCGCUUACAUUCAAAACAUCAAAGGAUAGAACCUCCCCGACAUUUGGAUUUGCAACUGGCCAGAGAUUUGUACUCGAGGACAAGGGUCGUGUUGUUGUCGGGUUCCAUGGGAGAUCCGGCGAUGCAAUCGAUGCUCUAGGAGCUUAUUUCUCGAUCUCGCCCUCCCCCACUAAGCUGCAAGCCAUAGGCGGUUAUGGAGGAGAUCCAUGGGAUCAUGGGGCUUAUAACACCCUAAGAAAGGUGUAUGUCGGAAAUGGAAACUCUUGCGUAGGUUACAUCGGGUUUGUCUUUGAAAAUAGUGGAAAACAAGAAAUACGUGAGCAUGGGAUUAAACCAAAAGAACUGAAAGAGUUUGUGCUUGAUCCUUACGAACACAUUACAUCAGUGGAGGGAACCUAUGGCUAUAUCACUCAAUACGCAAAUCAUCUGGUGACUUCACUUACCUUCAAAACAUCAAAGGGCAGAACCUCCCCGGCAUUUGGAUUUGUAACUGGUACAAGAUUUGUCCUCGAGAACAAGGGCCAUGUUCUUGUCACCUUCCACGGGAGAUCGGGCGAUGCAAUCGAUGCUCUCGGAGCUUAUUUCUCGAUCUUGCCAUCCCACGUAAUUAGGUUUCCAGCCCUAGGCGGUAAUGGAGGAAACGCAUGGGAUGAUGGUGGCUACAACCGCAUAAGGAAAGUGUAUGUCGGGAAAGGUAUGCAGUGUAUAGGUUAUGUCAACUUCGUUUAUGACAAGGGUGGAGAACUCGACCCACAUGAACAUGGCACUAAACGAGACAAACCAGAAGAGUUAGUGCUUGAUCCUGAUGAAUACAUCACUUCAGUGGAAGGAACGUACGGUCUGGUCCGAGCAUAUAACGCUCGUCUCGUUACGUCACUUACUUUCAAAACGUCGAAAGGGAGGACCUCGCCGACGUUCGGAGUUGUGAACAAUUCGAGAUUUGUGUUCGAGAACGACGGUCGCGAGAUUGUCGGGUUCCAUGGACGGGGAAAUGAAGCUAUCGAUGCUCUCGGAGCCUAUGAAUUUAAACUUGUUUAUUUUGCACCGGCCAGGAAACUUCGACCAUGCGGCGGAAAUGGAGGGACUGCAUGGGAUGACGGUGCGCAUGGCGGCGUGAGGAGGAUAUACGUCGGACAAGGCGAUUCGGGUGUAGUUUUCGUCAAGUUUGUGUACGAUAAGGGCGAGAAAAUGGUAGCUGGAAACGACCACGGGAAGAAGACUAUACUCGGAACAGAAGAGUUCGUGCUCGAUUAUCCGGACGAGUAUAUCACGUCGGUUAAGGGGCGUUACGAUAAAAUCUAUGGAAAACGGGCAGAGAUCAUCACGAUGCUUAGGUUCAAGACGAACAAGAGAAGGUCUCCGCCGUUCGGACUUGAUGCCGGGACGGAGUUCGUGCUCGAGGAGAAAGGUAGCAAAAUCGUCGGGUUCCAUGGAAAAGCGAGCGACGUUGUUCAUCAAGUCGGAGUUCAUGUCUUGCCGAUCUCCAACUGAUCAAGCUCUAGAUCU